CGCUUUUGGAAAAAGAGGCGGAAUUAGUGUGGGAGUGGAUGUGUGCACGAGGAAACCCCUCCAUUUAUUAUCCUCUCCCUCCUCCUCGACGUCCUCGUCCUCUCCCCUCUCCUCUCUCCUCUUUUGCUUCUAUGACGAGUAAUCCCCGAUAGGUGGUAUUCCAUCUAGGGUUUCACUCCGAUCUCCAAGCUCGUUUCCUUUCCAAUGGCGAUGGGGGCCGUGCUCUCCAGUAGAAGCUUCGUUUCUCCUCUCGUCUCAGGUAUCUAUGCAGGAAAAGAGUAUCGCUUGAAACGGACUACUGCACAUGAUAGAAAAGCACAUUCCCCAUCUUCUGCAGAGCAAUUUGUGUGGGGUGGGAUUUAUAUCUUGUCUGCUCGAAGAGAAGACUCCUAUAUUGCUAGGAGUUCCUUCUUCCCAAGUCGUAUAUCUUGUACUUUAGGCAACACUAUCAUGAUGAAGAGACUUGUAUCACUUGGCGAGCUACGAUACCCUCUAUCAAAUUCUUUAGGGAAUGGAUCUACUGGAAAGAUGCCUAAUAUCAAUUUCAAGAGAAGACUUCGGGCAAGAACAGAAUGCUUUAUUUCUUCAGAUCCGACAAAUAAUAGUUGGAUACAACAAGGAAAGUUGAACAAUAUUGGCAGAUACCGGUUGGCAAUUAGAACUCGUGCCGACUUCAAAUCAGAGCAGUAUGAAAUAACAGGACCACAACCUGAGUCAUUUAGUUCUUCAGAAGCAUCAAGUGAAGCAGUUUUACCUGGAGGAAAUGUGAGGGAUGUAUCUAGAUGGUGGGAGCAGUUUCCUAAACGUUGGUUGAUCGUGCUCUUAUGUUUUUUUGCAUUCCUGCUCUGCAAUAUGGAUCGUGUAAAUAUGAGCAUUGCAAUCCUUCCAAUGUCGGCAGAGUUUAAUUGGAAUCCAGCAACUGUUGGCUUAAUUCAAUCAUCUUUCUUUUGGGGCUAUCUUCUUACUCAGAUCGUCGGAGGUAUUUGGGCCGACAAGAUUGGCGGCAAGGUAGUGUUGGGCUUUGGAGUUGUAUGGUGGUCAAUCGCGACAAUACUUACCCCACUGGCUGCCAAGAUAGGCCUUCCCUUUCUACUUAUUAUGCGUGCUUUUAUGGGGAUUGGUGAGGGUGUUGCUAUGCCUGCUAUGAAUAACAUACUCUCCAAAUGGAUUCCAGUUUCAGAAAGGAGCAGAUCGCUUGCAUUAGUCUAUAGCGGGAUGUACCUUGGUUCUGUCACAGGACUGGCAUUGUCACCAAUUCUAAUCCACAGAUUUGGAUGGUCUUCUGUUUUUUAUGCAUUUGGGUCCCUUGGAAGUAUCUGGUUUGCUCUGUGGCAAUUAAAAGCGCACAGCUCUCCACAAGAAGAUCCAGAGCUUAGUUCAGUUGAAAAACAGCUCAUCUUAGGGGGAAAUGUGCUGAAAGAACCUGUUACCUCUAUACCAUGGAGACUAAUUCUAUCGAAGGCUCCAGUGUGGGCCCUCAUAAUAUCACACUUUUGUCAUAACUGGGGCACUUUUAUCCUUUUAACAUGGAUGCCCACAUAUUACAAUCAGGUGUUGAAGUUUAAUCUUACGGAAUCUGGGCUAUUCUGUGUGUUACCAUGGUUAACCAUGGCUGUCUUUGCGAACAUAGGAGGGUGGAUUGCAGACACAUUAGUUGCAAAAGGACUUUCAAUAACAACUGUUCGUAAAAUAAUGCAAUCAAUUGGCUUUCUUGGUCCAGCUUUCUUCUUGACACUGCUCAGCCAUGUCCGUACACCAGCUUUGGCUGUGCUUUGUAUGGCAUGCAGUCAGGGCAGUGAUGCAUUUUCACAAUCUGGUCUUUAUUCCAAUCACCAGGAUAUAGGACCGCGUUAUGCAGGAGUGCUACUAGGGUUAUCGAACACUGCUGGGGUGCUUGCAGGAGUUUUUGGCACUGCCGCGACCGGCUAUAUCCUACAAAAAGGCUCAUGGGAUGAUGUAUUUAAGGUGGCUGUUGCCCUCUAUAUCAUAGGCGCAUUGGUGUGGAAUAUCUUUUCAACUGGAGAGAAAGUUCUCGACUAAAACAGAAGCAAGCAGUAAAUGCUGCUAUACCAAAUCAAAGGUUUUGCUAACAUUUACAUGUGCAAAUACAAGAAUGUUGAUCAUCUUCAGCGACAAACCCUUGACAAAUUUGACUUUCGCAUUUGAAAACGAAGAGAUGUGAUGUCACAACAGCUAGAUGGCAUGGCAUGAGUAAAAUGGCAUAGUCGCAAAUAAGUAAUUGUUGCAAAAACCUAUUGCAGCUAUGAGAUGCUGCUCUCUAUGAAUGUUUUCAGCGAGUCGUCUUCUUUUUUUGCGGUUGAGGGGGUGCAAAAAAUAUACCAACCUCUGAGUUUCUAUUUUCGUUGUUUGUAAAUUUUAAAUACUCGGCCAUGCAUCUUGGCUCUAACUUGAGUUGUGAGAACAAGUCAUAGCCAUAUGCAUGUGUACUUGACAGCAUAAAGCUUCAAGAGAGUUUUAGGCCUGGGAAGCUUAAAUUAUUUUUAUGUAAUCUUUGAAGAUUUUAAUGACAGUUAAAUUUUUCAUA